AUGGCUGCUGCCGCCGCCGAGGCCGCGGCCCUCGAUCCUAGCAACAGCUCGAAGAAUACUCUCAAAAUAGAAAAUUUCGAUAAGAGAAACGCCCUCCAAGCCAUCGAAAGAAAAUACCAGCAACAAUGGAGGGACAACGGAGUCUUCGAGGUCGAUGCACCAUCUUUAAAGGAGAUCCCAGCCGGCACAAUGUCUGCAAAAGAGCUCCGCACAAAGUUUCCCAAGUUCUUUGGUACAAUGGCGUAUCCCUACAUGAAUGGAACUCUACAUGCGGGACACAGCUUCACGGCCAGUAAAGUCGAAUUCAUGACCGGUGUUGCUCGAAUGCAAGGCAAACGCGCUCUUUUCCCUCUCGGUUUCCACUGCACGGGUAUGCCAAUUCUUGCGUGUGCGGAUAAGUUGAAGGAUGAGAUUAAGCUGUUCGGAAAGAAUUUUGAGGGGUACAAGCCUGAGGAUGUUAUGCCUGAACAACCACCUGCUCCUACCCAGGAAGUUGCGGUUGAUCCCAGCAAAUUCUCGGGUAAGAAGAGCAAGGCUGCCGCUAAGACGGUCAAGGCGAAAUAUCAGUUCCAGAUCAUGUUGAGUAUCGGUAUUCCCCUCGAGGAUAUCCACAAAUUCGCCGAUGCCAACUACUGGCUUGAAUACUUCCCUCCCCUUGCUAUCCGGGAUUUGAACAGUCUUGGUGCGAAGAUCGACUGGCGACGACAGUUUGUUACCACUGACGCAAACCCUUAUUACGAUGCAUUUGUCCGUUGGCAGAUGAACCGCUUGCAUGAGUUGGGAAAGAUUAUGUACGGUAACCGAUAUACGAUCUACUCACCCAAGGACGGUCAACCUUGUAUGGACCACGACCGGACAGAGGGUGAAGGUAUUGGACCGCAAGAGUAUACCGCAUUGAAAGUCAAGGUUACUGAAUGGUCACUGGCAGCUGCUGAGCUAGUAAAGGGCAAGAUUGAAGAUGAUGCCAACGUCUAUUUCGUUCCUGCCACCUUACGUCCAGAGACUAUGUAUGGACAGACUGCAAUCUUCUUGGGUCCGAAGAUCACAUACGGUAUCUAUAAAGUCAAGGAAAAGGAAUAUUAUGUCGUGACUAAGCGAGCUGCUUGGAACAUGGCUUUCCAAGGAGUAUUCUUCAGCAGCGAGAACUUCCCUAAGACCCAGGAUCAGUUGCCUUUUGUCGCUGAAGCCCCAGGUUCUACCUUUGUGGGUACAUCCGUCUCGGCACCUUUGGCUGUUCAUGAAACCAUCCAGAUUUUGCCAAUGGAGACCGUAUCUGCCACUAAGGGAACUGGUGUGGUUACUUCUGUCCCAUCUGAUAGCCCUGACGACUUUGCCACAAUCGCUGAUCUAGCAAAGAAGGCGGACUACUAUGGGAUUAAGAAAGAAUGGGCGGAGCUCGAAAUUUUCCCCAUCAUUGAGACUCCGACUUACGGAAAUCUCACUGCACCAACUUUGGUAAAACAGCUCAAAAUCAACUCUCCCAAAGAUGCCAAUCAGUUGGCCCAAGCUAAGGAUUUGGCUUACAGUGAGGGCUUUUACAAGGGUACCAUGCUCGUGGGUGAAUUCAAGGGAGAGGCUGUCCAAACCGCCAAGGACAAGGUCCGUCAAUCUCUCAUCAAGAGUGGCUUGGCCUUCCCCUUCGCAGACCCAUCAGGAAGGGUUGUUAGUCGAAGUGGUGAUGAGUGUGUCGUUGCUUACUUGGGUCAGUGGUUCUUGAACUACGGUGAGAACGAUGCCGAGUGGCAGCAGACCACUUUGAACCACGUGGUUAAUGACUUGAAUACUUAUGCUCCGGAGACACGGAACGGUUUCGAGGCAAACCUCAGCUGGUUAAACCGAUGGGCUUGCGCAAGAACCUAUGGUCUCGGCUCCAAGCUUCCAUGGGAUCAGCAAUUCCUCGUUGAGAGUUUGAGUGACAGCACUAUCUACAUGGCAUAUUACACCAUUGCUCAUUUGCUUCACGGCGACCGAUUUGGAAAGACUACUGGUGUCUUGGGUAUUAAACCGGAGAAUAUGAUUGAUGAAGUCUGGGACUACGUCUUUACAAGGCGCGAGCUCGAUGAUGAUGUGAUUUCGAAGAGCGGUAUUAGCAAAGACAGCUUGCAAACCAUGCGAAGAGAGUUUGAAUACUUCUACCCACUCGAUGUCAGAGUCAGUGGAAAGGAUUUGAUUCAGAACCAUCUUACCUUCUUCCUCUACAUUCACAUUGCUCUUUUCCCUCAAGAAUACUGGCCACGCGGUGUUCGAGCCAAUGGUCAUUUGUUGCUCAACGGAGAGAAGAUGAGUAAGAGCACGGGUAACUUCUUGACCCUCAAAGACGCUGUGGAUAAAUACGGAGCAGACGCCACUCGAAUUGCUUUCGCUGAUGCAGGAGAUGGUAUUGAGGAUGCUAACUUUGACGAGACUGUUGCCAACAGCAACAUUUUGCGUCUUCACGCGCUCAAGGGCUUCUUUGAGGAAAUUGUUAAGGACGAAACCUUGCGCACUGGCGCUGCGGACUCUUUCUGGGACAGGUCUUUUAACAAUGCGAUGAAUGUUAUUGUCGAUCAAGCUAAGACGGAUUAUGCGAAUACCAACUUUAAGCUCGCCCUCAAGUCAGCGCUCUACGAUUUUGUGAAUGCCCGUGACGUGUAUCGUGAGGCGACGUCAAGUGCCGGAGUAGGAAUGCAUCGCGAUGUAAUCCUUCGUUAUGCCGAGCUACAAGCAUUGAUUAUUGCCCCCAUUGCCCCUCACUGGGCGGAAUAUAUCUGGUUGGAUGUCCUCAAGAAGUCCGAGACCAUUCACCGACAAUUGUUCCCUGAGGUUCCAGAGGCAGACGUUGCCUUGUCAGCCGCUACGACCUACGUCCGUGACAUCUCCUCCAACAUCACAUCAGCUGAGGUCAAUUUCAUGAAGAAGAUCUCCAAAGGAAAGAGCAUGGGUUUCGACCCUCGCAAGCCCAAGAAGGUCAUCAUCUAUGCAGCCAAGAAGUUCCCAUCCUGGCAAGAAAAGUAUAUCGACCUCGUCCGCGAAUCCUUCGAUGCCAUGAAAGUCACCAUCGACGACAAGAGCCUGAACGCCAAAGUAGGCAAAUUAGGUGAAAUGAAGAAAGCAAUGCCCUUUGUGCAAGGUCUCAAGAAGCGUUUGAUCGGUAACAAGGAAGCUCCCGAGACAGUCUUUGACCGCAAACUACCCUUCGAUGAGUUUGAGGUUCUUAGUGAGAUGGUCAAGGGAUUGAAAAGGGUGACCGGAGCAAAGGAGAUUGAGAUUGUUGCUGUUGAGGAAGGUGGGAAGACGGGAACUGUUGUUGGUACUGGCGAGAAGAGAGAAGGUCUCAAUGCUGAGAACUCGGUUCCGGGACAACCUACCUUUGAGUUUGUCAAUAUCGCCGAGUAAGCGGUUCUAUAAAAUGUUGUUAUGUUAUUGAUGAUCCAGAUGAGACAAGGACUAGCCUGUCAAAAUACACUGUUCAUGUUCGGUGGGGCUUUUCUGGGCAUGAAGUGAAUUAGUCUUUUCCAGUUGUCUGCUCUUUAGGUUGAGUAGACCACAAUGCCUCUGAGAGCCAGUAUCUGUAUAGUUUAGCAGGUAGAGUUAUGAUAUG